CUUAUUAGAAUACAGCAGCAGAAAGUGUUGAUGAACAGCAGUGAGGAUCUGUGUGAGCAGUCAUGGACGGGGGUCUGUUUGUGCUGCUUCUGCUGUCAGGACUCUUCUGGAGCAGUUCUGCUCUUUCUCGUCCGUACUUCUAUAUAAAUACAGCAAUGUCGUGGCCAGAUGCUCAGAGUUACUGCAGAGAGAGAUUCACUGAUCUGGCUACUGUAGACAGCAUGGAUGACGUGAACAGGCUGGUAAAUAUAAUAGAUGCUGGAUACAGUGGAUCAGUGUGGAUUGGACUGAAGAAGGGGACACAGACACGUUGGGGUUGGUCUAAUGGAGAAAACACAUCUUCUCAGUACUAUAACUGGGCUUCAGGACAGCCAAAUGCAGAUGGAGAUUGUGUUGUUAUUUAUUCUGGAGUUUGGCAUGAUAUGGCAUAUGUAGUUAUAAGCGAUAUUUUGUAUUGCUACAAUGGACAUUCUAACACCAUGGUACUGAGUGCAAAAACUUGGAGUGACGCUCAGAGCUACUGCAGACAAUAUUACACAGACCUGGCCACCAUCCACAACUCUGAGGAAAAUAACCAGAUAACUAAGAUUAUCUUAACCGGAUGGUACAUAUGGAUUGACACUGGGCAGCGGGUGAACCAUCCCAGAGUUCAGGAUCUGGUGACUGUGCUGGCAUGA